AGUACUGAUAUUACCUUCUUUCUUUCAGAACCCUCCUUUUCUUCUGCUGAACUCUCAGAUCUCACUCUCUAUCUUUUCUCAACUCUACCUCUGAAAGCUUGGGCUAUCGCUUCUUCUGUUUGUUCAUCUCUCUGCAAAAGUUCUCCUCUGACCCAGAUUUGACUCUGAUUGCUUCUUUGGUUUUGGAGUAUUGAAAUUGGUUUGUGGUUAGGGUUCAGAUCGUUAAUAGCAUAACGAUUAGCGAACGCGUGCUUCUGCUUAACAGGCGGUUCAGGUACUCAAUGGAGUGAUAAGGUUCCUAACUCUAGCCAAGCUUCUUAGACUAUUUUUGUCUUACACAGAUUUUCGUGCCAGUAUCCCUUCACCUGCGCCUCACUGACUUAAGCGUAAAGAAAUUUCAUAGUGAUGCAGCCUACUUCAAUGGGUUCAGAACAGCGAGCAAACCAUAAUCUCCGUGCAUCAAAAAGAAUGCAGCGUGCUUCGAUGGGUUCAGAACAGCAAGGAAACCAUAAUUUCCAUGCACUAAAAAGAACGCGCAUGAGCCAUAUACAACAAAUGCAUGAUGAUGAGGAUGAUGAAAAUGCAAGAAACAAUGAUGAUCCUGCAUUCAUCAAUGAAGGUGGUUCUACAUUUGCUUUUCGUGCUCAAGGAUCUAUAUAUCAUAAAAUAGGAAGUCUUUUACCAGAUGGAGAUAACAGACCACGAUUUCUACAGUUGUACAUAUAUGAUACAGAUCAUGAAGUAGACAAUCGUAUGUUAGAGAAUGAAACAUUGCAUAGAAGCGUGGUUGAGACUAUUCAGCAGAUUUUAGAUUGACACAAUCCAUUUGUCCGAACUCUUCACCACUUAGCUCAACACCAAGAUUUGGAAGUAUGUAAACUCAUCAUUAAAGAGCAGCCUGCAAAUCAGCUCCAAUAUAAUUUGCCUUCUGAGUCUCAAGUUGCUGUAAUAAUAGUUGGUGCAGAUGAUACAGGAGAUAUAAGAGGUCGUGAUAUUAAGAUAGAAACAAGAGAAGGUCAACUUUUAAAUGUCUCCGAUUGCGCUGGCUAUUACGAUCCUUUACAAUAUCCGUUGUUGUUGCCUUAUGGUACAUAUGGAUGGGAUAUCAACAGUCGAAGCAGCAACGGUCGUCCGAUGACAUGCCGUGCUUAUUAUGCAUAUGUUUUACAGAUUCGUCUAAAUGAAGACUCGGUUUUACUUCGAGGAGGCCGCUUAUUGCAGCAGUAUGCUGUUGACAAUUAUGUCAAAAUUGAAACACAAAAGUUAAGAUAUAUCCGUAAUAAUCAACCGGACUUGCGAUGCGAAUUUUAUAAUGGGCUUCAUGAUUCGCUAAAUGCUGGUGAAGAUAAUGCAGGUAACAUAGGUCGAAGAAUUAUUUUGCCAUCUACAUUUAUUGGUAGCCCACGUGAUAUGCAUCAAAGGUACCAGGACGCAAUGGCUUUGGUCCAAAAGUAUGGAAAACCAGAUAUUUUCCUCACAAUGACAUGCAACCCAAAUUGGGAUGAAAUCAAAGCUGAAUUACUUCCAGGUCAAACUUCUCAAGAUCGUCCAGAUUUAUGUACCCGAAUUUUUCGUGCCAAAUUAGAAAACUUAAAAGAAGAGGUUAUCAAAAAGGGUGUAUUGGGUAAAAUAAUUGUAUACGUUUAUGUCAUUGAAUUUCAAAAACGUGGUCUUCCACAUGCUCAUAUGCUUCUCAUGUUACAUGACGAUGAUAAGUUGAAUAACCCUGAUGAUUAUGAUAAAAUUGUUCGAGCUGAAUUACCAGAUCAAGAUCAAGAACCUCAAUUGUAUGAUGUUGUAUUAAGACACAUGAUACAUGGACCAUGUGGAACUUAUAAGCCAAAUUCCCCAUGUAUGAAGGGUGGAAAUUGCAAAAGAGGUUAUCCUAAACCAUUUUCAAUGAAUACAUUUCAAGGGAAUGACUCUUACCCCAAUUAUCGCAGACGUGAUAUUCACUCAAAUGCAAAUGUUGAUAAUAGGAACCAAGAUUUGAAGGUUACUUUGUGGGGAACACUUGCUAAUGAACUUGACAUUGACAUGAUAGCUUCUCUGCUUCCCCCAGUUGUGAUCGUGUUGACAAGCACAGAAGUCAGACAUUUUGGUACGAGAAAGUUGUCUCUUGCUGAUACAUGCUGUCACUGUGUAGCAAUGCUAUCUGCUGUUAUUGAAAUGAGUUUGUUAUUCACUUUGCAGAAAACAGUCAUAAACACUGGCAUGACUUCAACAAACCUUAUCAUGACUGCACGUCAUCAACCUGCUCCUGAUCUCCAAGAUCAAGAUGUAAUUACUGUCGGUGCUUUGAAUCCUCUACAGAGUGGAAAAAAGGACAAGUUUCAGAAGCAGCAUUACAUAGAGGAAUAA